AUGCGUAACGGAUAAAAGAAGUGAGAAUGCUGUGGCUUGAUAAUAGGUGCCAUCUACCGAGCGAUCAAAAAGUACAAGUGAAUGGUUGAAUGUUUCAUUCAAGAAUAAAUGGAACGCUUACUAGUCGCACCUAUACCGGCCUUAACUCCAGCCGGCAUAUUUCCGUUGCGAAAUACACUUAAUUUUCUUUCGCACACGAGGUCAAUAUCUUGCAAGGAAUGUUUCUGUGAGUGCGCGGUUAAUAUACGUAUACCAUUUUCUGCAAGUUCCGCAACUAUAAGAUACAGUUAACAAUCGUAUGCUUAAAAUAACGGUGAAGCUGUUGGAGGCUAAAUCGCAUAUAGGUGCGUAUACUGAUCCAUUGCGUGAGAUCGAGGAAAUCGAACAAAGAUGGACGAAGAAACUAUGUGGAAAGGUUUCUAUCAUAAGAUUGUAGAAGAGAAAUUAGCAAAGGAGAAUGAGCAACGAGAUAAAUCGGAGCAUGAGAUAAGGAUUAAGAAAAGGAAAAUGGCGCAUUUUGUAAAACUGGACGAGAAACAUCCUUACUAUGCGAUCGCGGCUUUACGAAUGUCUCAAAGGCCGGAAGCGAGAGAAGUGACCGUCGCGAGAUUCUAUUGGAAAUUUGCGGCGUUCAACUAUAUUAACAAAAGAAUACAAGAAUCAGAUGGCGGCUUCUUCGAAAAUCUCGGCACAUUGCUCGCGGAAAAAGCUCGCGCCCAGGAACAAGCAGAAGGUCCACUUCCAGAAAAAAAAUAUGAAACGCAGGAAGAAGAAGAGGAAGAUACCUUGAACGAGGAAGGAAGCAUCGAUGAACCAACCGAAGCUUUGCUGGAAACUGACAGCGACAGAGAUGAAAAUGAACAUGCUCGGAAUUUCUUGGCCGAAUCGGUGGGCUUAAACAUCGAGGAGCUUUAUACUGCGUUAGUAUAUAUGACACAACAUCAAAUUGGCUUCGACGUCUCUAAAGAAUGUAGCCAAGAAACUCUUUUAAACCAUUUACAAAAUGCCUUCAAAAUUGAUAACAUAACCCACGAGGGAGUGUUGGAACAAACGCGAAAUCUUGAGCCACCAGAACUACAUCUUAACGUUGAAGUAAUCGAAGCCAAAGAAUUAGUCUCCAAAGAUUCUAACGGCAAAAGUGAUCCUUUCUGCGCUCUAUAUCUCGAAUCAGCACCUACCAGAAGAUAUAAUACUGCCGUGAAAACUUGCACACUAAGCCCAAUCUGGGAAGAACACUUUGAAUUACCACUCGAAGAUCCUGAAAAUGAUGUCUUAUACCUUGAAGUAUGGGAUUUUGAUGCUGCCGAAACUGUGCCUGAAAAGAUGAGUAAAGUUAAAGAUAUUAAAGGUGUUCGUGGCUUAGUUAAAUUAGCGAAAGAAAUUGCAGUAACGGCUACAACUGGUAGUCACAAUAAUGAAUUCAUUGGUCGAUGUCGGAUACCAUUAAAGGAUAUACCCACAACGGGCCAUACAAUGUGGUACGCUCUAGACAAGAAAAACAAGUCCAAACGUCGUGGUGUUGUGAAGCUUCGACUGGCCUUCAGCGCGGAACAUAAUGCACAAGUGGCCGCACAAGAGCACCGGCACCUGCUAAGAGUGCUGCUUCUUCACGAGAUUGAAACGGAAAAAGUCGAAAAGUAUUGUUGGUGUGGUCGUUGGUCAGGACCAGCCGAAGCGCUCAUUCUUCAACAUAGCGCGCAACGUGGUUUAUUAGCUAGAAAUCUCGCUCUGGCACAAUGGGUCGAAUACGCAAGCAUCCAUCAGGAACAUCCAUUAAGUUUCACAGUUUUUAAUAAACUUGUAAUCGACUUGCUCAGACCAAUGGACAGCGGUCUGUUCUCCGUUGACGAAACUAAACUUUUCUGGAAAGCCACGAAGAAAAUUGUAUUUUCAUGCUUAAACAGUAUACGAAAAAUUAGAAAGUUAAUUUUGGGGGAUAAAAAUACCAUGGUACAAUUAUCUUCCAUUUUAGGGAUAUUAUCAUCUAUAUCCUCUCUGAAAGUUCCUGAAGAUAUUAAUCUCUUUCCGGCCAAAAUGUAUUUCUGGUUUUCUGAAGCUGAUGAUUUAAAGAUAGACAUAAUCCAGGCUUUAGAAUACACUAUUACACAAAGCUGCGCCGAAUGGUUUGAACACAUACUAAGCAAUAAUUCGCCUGAUACAGAAUCGGAUGAAGACGCGCUUAGGUAUCAUAUUAAAGUAAUUCAAUUAAUUAGAGCGGACUUACAGAAAGCUAUUGAUUAUUAUGACAAAUUAUUCAUAAGGAGAGUCAAUGUUCCGUAUGCAAGAAUGAUGUAUAUUGCGUAUGAGAAGAGAAUCAGUGAUAUGUGCAUGAUCAUUAUAGAGGACGUGUGUGCCAGAUUGAAACGAAUUGAAGUUGAUAGCACUGACAACGCGGAAUUGAGUUUAGGCACGACUCUAUUCGAGCUUUACCUCACGCUUCAAAGAUAUGCCACACUUGGUCAGGUACUUUGUGCCGAAGGGCAAUUGGAGGAUAUGAAGAUACAGAGUUAUUACGAUUGGUUUAGGGGUGGUGUUGCACAUUGGCUAGAAAUCGCAGUGUAUAAAGCACUUAAACGCAUCGACAGAGCUGUCGAAAUUGAUACUUUGCAAGCAGUCGACAAUAGCGUUCAGUAUAGUUCCAGCGCUGUAGAUACAUUAACAACAUUCUAUCAAAUUAAAGUUUUUUGGACGCAGCUAGCGUGGCCCGACGUUGAAGGUUCCUAUACGUUCGUAGCAAGAAUUAUUGAUGACAUUUGUAAAUGUUCCAUGGCAUAUGCAGAUAAAAUGGCAGUAAAAGCGGAGCUGACAACAGAAUUAGAACAACUCUCGCAGAGUAGCGUCUAUGAAAAAAGGUUUACAAUAUCUACGGCUUGGUGCUUUGCCAUUAACAAUAUCGAUUAUAUCAGAACAUCGAUCGCACCGUUGGCGAAAGAUUUGGGACUGCAGAAUAUUGUGGAUGCUUUAGGAGAGCACAAGACUCAUGAGGAGGCUGAUCGUUGCCGACAGACUCUUCAGCUUAUCAUUGACAACGCCACAGAUACUGUGAAGAACAGGAUCAUAGAGUUGUUGGAAGUUGUAGCCAACAAAAUGACUCCUGCAAUGAACAGAUAUCUCAUGGAGGGUGCUGAAUUAAUUGACACGACCAGCAACGCAAUGGAUCGUCUGCUACAGUAUUUAGACAGUAAUCUAGGAACUUUGCAUGAUAAUCUCAACGAGGAUAACUUUAACAGAGUUCUCCUAGUGAUUUGGGAAAUUAUAUCGCAAACGUUGUAUGAACUAGUCAACACUAAUUUAGAGAAACGACGACCACCAGCAUUUUACUCGAACUUGCAUAAAACUCUUCACACACUCAUUCGAUUCUUUAAUCUCGAUGCCGAUGAAACAGCAAACGUGCAAGUUUUAGAGAAAAUCGAACGUGUUUUAAAAUUACAUGGACUUGAGACUGCCGAACUCAUACAUCGUUUUCAUCAGGAACGUAUGGAAGAACAGAAGGAAAUGGAAGAACCCAUUUACGGUCUUGUCAGCGUCAAAGCAUACUUCCUUGAUAAUUCAUUGAAUAUACAGAUUCUGAAUGCCAGAAAUCUCCGUUGUAUAGAUAGCAAUGGCCAUUUUAUAGGCAAGCUGUCUACUCUUGAGCGUAAACUACAUUCAAAAUCUAAACAAAGAGUCAAAGAAGGGAAGACAAGUAAAUGCGAUUCCUACGUAAAAGUCAGAUUACUGCCUGAAGAGAAAUUUGCCGAAAUUAAAGCGCCGAAGACACGUGUGCAGAAAGAAACGAUCUUUCCCCUUUUUGAUGAGACAUUUAACAUUCCUCUUACUCCGGAACAAAGAGCUAUAGAGAAUGCUAUAGUGGCAUUUGAGGUAAAAGACAAGGACUUUCUCAGAUCAAGAUUUAUGGCUGAAGCUUUUUUACCAUUUAAUGAGAUUCCUGACACUGAACCAGAAACUGGUUUCGCAAUUUUAGAACAAAUACAUCUAAAACUUUCUCGUCCGACCAAGAAAAAUACGGAUGUCAUUCGCGCAUUGGAGCAUCGGAAAGGAGACAAUCAAGCGACAGACUUCAUUUCAAGACUUAAUACUAAAACAAACACUAAAUGAUCCACGUGGAGCUUCGACAUUGAUCUACGUUUGGAUAAUUUUCGAAAAUAUGCAAUGCAGAAUAUAUUUACACAACUCAGUCUAUACAAGACGUGGCGAUGUUAAUGUGCCAGUGUUGCCUUAUCGAAAGUCGCUGUGAAUAUUUGUUGACACAUGUUCUGUCAUCACGCCAUCAUAAAUUCCAUAACGCGAUACUCACAAGUGUCUUAGGCUGUGUUCGAUUGUUUUUAUACUUUCGAGAGAAUUAUUGAAUAUCGCAUUUUGAAACUUUAAACCGAAACUGUAAGGCUGAGUAAGUGCUACUUAUAGAGAGACCUAUGUUUGUAUUUAUUGUGAACAGGUAAUUAAUCAUGUUGAAUGACUAUAUACUCAUUGUUAUAAAUACUUUUGUAAUAUAUAUGUAUUGUAAUAAAAACUUAUACAUAAUAUGCGA